AUGAUUGCAAAUAAUAUUUGUUUAUUGUCACAAACACCAGUUUUUUCAAAUCAAGUACAUAUCUUGGAAACAGUUGUAAGAAAUAGUCCUCUUCAUUCAACUAUCAAAACACUAGAACUUUUUGAACAAACUGUUAAAAGUAAAAAUAAAGAAUCAGUUCUUAAAGGAUUUUUGCGUGGAAGUGGUGAAAUACUAAAAACAUAUAAGGAAGUUUAUAUACCCAUCGAGUUAGCAUCAGUAAACUUUCUUAAAAAGACUUUGUGUGUAGGAUGUUAUACAAAAGGCUUUGAAAUAAUUGAGCUGGAGCCUCUUAAUACACACGGUCUAUUGCAUCCAAAUGACGCAUCACAUGAUUUUGUGCAGUUUGCCUUCUUCAUUACUAAAGAAGGAUGGCAGUCAAGGCUUGACUUUUUAAUAACGUGGGAAGGAACGCCAACUUCUUUUGGAGAAAAGAGAAUUUCUCAAACUUCAGAGGAUACAAGCAAUGAUGGCAUAUUAUUACG